AAACAAAUGUCAGUAGUAUCUUUUCAGAGCUUGGGGGACACUGGGCUGUGGGUUGUCAGGGGUAUUUUGUUAUUUCGUUUUCUUUCUUUUCUUUACCCCAAUUAUAUUAUUUUAUCCCGAGUGAAAUGCAGCUUCAUCCCUCUAGUUUGCAGCGCAAGGAUGAUCAGAAAAUCCUGGGAAUAGAUUACACUAAUUUGAAGGCUUUGUGCAGAAUCCACGGUCUUAGACUCAGAGACAGCAACAGAUACCAAUCAACUGAAGAGGCCCAUAACGAUUUCAUGAACUCCUAUCGAAAUAUAUUUCUCCUGCCAAAGAAAAUGGUUGCCCGGAACCCUUUCCAGACAGAUAGCAAAGUCGCUCCCGGCCCUGAGAAGCUGAAGGCCAGUGAGAGCCAGGAAGUGAACAGGAACCAAGGUCACGGGAGACAGACUCAAGAGACACUCAUCAACCAAAUGAUCAAAGCCCUCAAAAAGUUGACAGUGACCCAAAACACACCUCCAGGCUGUGUAAAGGCUAUUUCACCAAGAAGGAGAAUCCCCCGUCCUCAACCCAAUGAGAUGGUUUGGGAUGAGUUGGACCGCAGAGUGAAGGAAAAGCAGCCAAUGCUCAGCAGCCAGAGCUCAGCAUAUGUGGGAAUUCCUUCAAGACCGUUGGAAAACCAUUCCAGCCCUAUAGAGCGGUCCCAGUUGGAGCACCAUUCUAUCCAUAAGAUGCUGAAGGUGUUCCCGUGUCUGACAGCCCACCUCUCCAGACAUGAGUUACAGCAGAUCAGCACCAUCGCCAUCAUAGAGACCUGGGAUAGGGCACAGAUCAUAUUUGGACACAAUGGAUUCUACCUCAUCCUGAAAGGUUCAGUAGCUCCGUACACUCAAGAAAGAUCCAAGGAGGCUGUUGAUCCAAAGGGCUCAGUGAUAGGUGUGGGUGGCAGUUUUGGAUCGUUUGAACCUCGUGCAGGUACUGAGGCAGGCAUCACCAUCCAGUGUACAUUAACACAGGAACCCUGCGAGAUCCUGAAAAUCUCCCACUCAGGCUACGCCAAGCUGAAGAAGGAGAUCUUGGCCCAGAACUAUGCUCUGAAGGAAUCUCUGAUCCAGGGUUGUCACUUCUACCUGCAGUGGCCCAAGCUCUCCAUCGAUAGGCUUGCCAACCUCAUCCAGAUGAAGAACUUACCAGCCAAACACGUACUGGUGAAGGAAGGGAAGGUGUGUCCUUUUGUGGCCUACAUCCGAGAGGGGGAGUGUAACAUCCUCCAGGACAUUAACUCGCUGAUGAGGACCCCACAGGAGAAGGUGUCGGUCUGCGGCAGCAGAAUAAAGUUUGUUGUCGUGGGGAAGCUCGGACCAAUGGAAUCGUUCGGUGAGGUGAGCAUCCUGCUUGAUCAGCCCUCCCCCUGCAGCAUCGUCACGGCGACAGAGGUGCAAGUAGGGAUCAUCCAACCAGAUGCUCUGAAAGGACUUGAUUCAGUGACAUCGGCACUGAUGUUACAAACAGCACAGCCGACUUACGGGAAGUUGAGUCAGGAAGAGAUUAACAAGGAAUACAUCAGACAAGAGCGGCACAAGGAGUGGGACCACAUAAAGAAGAGAGUGUUGUCUGAUGCCCUGCUCUACAACGGGAUCCAGCAGGGGGACGGGAAGUGGACCUUCACUAGGGGAGGUGGAAGAAGACCUGUGGACAAGAGCAACCCCCAUCCAAUAAACACAGCACACACACAAACACCCCAGCGUAUACUGCCUGCUUUGACUCCAGAUGUUACAACAACAACGCAAGAAAACACAGGAACUGACAUUGCCAAACCCUAAUUUGCUGUUUAAAAGUAUAACUCCAGUCCCAUGCUCCAAUCCAACUUCUGACACCACACCCUCCAAUAUCCCUCCACAUACACUUUCAUUCUCUGCCUGUAUCUUUGGACUCAACGUACAGUGACCACUCCAGAUGUACACUAAUAUAGCGUCAAAGAAAAUAAACUUUUAUUCUCCCCAGCUUUCACUCUCACUCAAAGCCUUUGAAAAAAGAGGCAGUUAUUGUCAAUCAGCUAGCAGCUUUCACUGCAGUGCUUCCUAUAUCCCUGCCAGGGCCAGAGGAACUCUUGAGGACAGUGACACAUCAUGUUGUCUCUCUCCCACUUAGUAUAACGUAACCAGACAUGUCCUACGUGUGCAAAUACAGAGCCUGACCCAGUCCAAAACAACCCACCAUAAACCAACACCCCCAACACAGGCCAAAACAACACAGCCGUAUUGGAUCUUAUACUUGUGUGAAACAGUGUUGGGCAAGACAGGCAACAAGUCUGCAAUGACAUAUAGAGCCCAACACAACAUCUUGUUGCGCAGAUACUGUGAAUACUGUAGAGAACGGAAAACAAUUCUUUAUGAAAGAGACAAUGCUGAACCGUAUCAUAGAGAAACUGAAAUGACACUUGACCGUAUAAUUAGUUUUAUGUCUAAAUAUUUGGGUCGAGACAUAGACUUUUUAGAUUGCUGGGAUCUGUAUGGAAACAGAAACACAGACCUUAAAAUACAUGGUGUUUGUUUAGAUUUGACAGACCGCAACUGACCUUGACAGAGACUGUUUGUUCCCCAUUCCCUAAGGAAAAUACGUCUUUAUUGCUUCUUUGUACAUAUUUUUGUUUUCUCCUCAGAUGACAGUUCUGUACUGAAAUGACCUACUGAAAUUGUCCCUCAGUCUGGAGAAUGAUUUGAGAUGAGAAUGGGCUUGAAACGAGCUGUGGUAAAUGGUAUGGUUUUAUUGUAGCAAAUAUUGUAGCAUCUCCUCGUCUGCAUAAGCCUAAUUUGAUUAAAUGUUUU